GCAGAAGCAUGUAGUGUGCGAAGGGUCACGCGCAUCAAGGGCAUUUAACUUGAAUGUCAUAGAGGUGACACUUAUUCCUCAUCUGUCGUAUCGAGGGAAAAGCCGGCUAGGAAAUGUCUCAGAGGAAAUUUUUCGUCGGUGGAAACUGGAAGAUGAACGGAAAUAAAGCGGGUAUAGAAGAAAUAGUAGGCUUUAUGUCCAAAGGUCCCUUAGAUCCAAAUACAGAGGUGGUUCUUGGAUGCCCUUCCAUCUACUUGGACUUUGCAAGGUCAAAAAUGCCUGCAAAUGUUGGCAUUGCUGCACAGAAUUGUUACAAAGUGGAAAAAGGUGCCUUUACUGGAGAAAUUAGUCCAGCUAUGAUUAAAGACGUUGGUGUAAAUUGGGUAAUCCUUGGCCAUUCUGAGCGGCGAAACAUCUUCGGAGAGACUGAUGAAUUAGUUGCAGACAAAGUAGCACAUGCACUUUCUUCAGGUCUGAAGGUAAUUGCUUGCAUUGGAGAACUUUUAGAAGAACGGGAAGGCGGGAAAACAACAGAAGUAGUUAAUCGACAAACUAAAGCUAUUGCAAGCAAAAUAUCAGAUUGGAGCAAUGUUGUUCUAGCUUAUGAACCAGUCUGGGCUAUUGGCACAGGAAAGACUGCAUCACCCGAACAGGCUCAGGAAGUUCAUGCUCAAUUGCGCCAGUGGUUGAAGGAUAAUAUUUCAGAAGAUGUAUCUAACAAAACAAGAAUAAUUUAUGGCGGUUCUGUGACUGCAGCCAACUGUAAAGAAUUGGCAAAGAAACCCGACGUGGACGGUUUUCUCGUUGGAGGAGCAUCACUGAAACCUGAAUUUGUACAGAUUGUGAAUGCUAGACAGUAAUUUUCUGUUACCACAUUUCUGUUAUUUACAUAAUUAUGCAAUUCCUUGUAAUAUCACAGAUGAUUUAACAAAAGAUUUUGAGGAUAAUUUAAAUGACACAUUAUUAUAAUUCUCACAAUUUUGGUUUUGUUCCUCCUAAUUAAAUUAUGUUCAUGUUGAUUGA